UUAAAUAGACAUUAUCCCUGCGGUUAUGGAGGAACCAUACCUGGGAGUAUCACCAAUCAACGCUGUAACAGCAGUGAUGGCAGAAACAAAAGUCAUGUUCGACUUAAUGACCAACUAAUACCAAAACCAACAGACAUAAAUAUAGCGGAGAAAAUGAUAAAGAUUGCCAUCCCAAAAGAGCAUCCCUAUUCAUCGCACAUCUCUCGUUUUGCAAUGUUCCCAUCCUUCCACUCACCAGAUGACCCACAUACAGGAGUCAGAGCUGCGUCUCAAUCUUUCCUAAACCUCAGUAUCCCAAAUAGCGCACCUGAUAUCACUCUGCUAAGCAAAACUAAAGGUGCUCCAUAUAGACUUGAGAGCUUAGAAACACCACUGAAAACAAGAAAGAAGGCUGUUAUGUGGACAGGAGAACAUGGCUUUUUUGAUCAUGCAAAAUCAGCAAAGGGAGAGAGCCAGGUUUUCUACCCCACUCCCCCAAAGAUGGUGCUGCCCAACCUGAAACUUCGAGACUGGGAUUUGACGCUAUCGGAGAGGACAAGCAACAUCCUGAAAAACAUGGAGAAGACCCUUUGGGUCACUUCCUACCAAAUGCACUACACAGGAUCAGGGCCAGCAAAUCCUUUUAUGACAGAUGAUUUCAAGGAAAAAAUGACUAACUUUGCUGGGAUUAAUUCACACACGUCAAACCUGCAAGAAAGGUCGCAUCCUGUGUUUGUUCCUUCUAAAGCAAGGCAAGGAUGUAGAAAAAGACUGGGGAGCAAUGUCAGGAGGAGCAGCUGCAGUCCCACUGCUGCUGAACUCCAAAAUACAUCUCCAACUCUAAACCAAAGCACUGCCUCGCCUGCUGUGAACCAACCACAAGAGAUCACAGCUAUGCGUAAUGAGGCACCAGAUCUGAACCAAAUAGGUCAUACUCAAUCAGAGUGCAGCACUAACUCCACAAAGGCACAGCAGACUGAGCUGUCCCAGGAGGUCUUACGCAAGCAGCAAGCUCAGUGCAAAUGCUCUGCGCAUAAGGGCAGAAAGAGGGAAAACUGCAAAGUCCAGUUUGACAAUGUCAUGCAAGGAUCCCCGUCACAGAGCAACCAAGAGGCUAACGCUGCCCAGAUCACAAACACAGAGCAACUCUGGGACCUGUCCAGCCACCUACAUCCCCAAGGAGAGAUAGAAGUCAACAGAGAGGAAAGCAUCUGUGUAAAGGAUGUGCUAAGUAACAAAAAACUUUUUCAAGUUGGAAGAAAUAUACCCAGCUGUAGUCCACUACUUGAAGACAAAGACCAGACAAGCAGGGAAUCACAUCCCAAAUUGUUACCAGGAGCAGAAGACAGAGAGCGGCUACAUGGCAACUCUAAUCCGUGCAUCAUGCCACGCACUCCUGUCCUGCCAGGCAGUUCUUCCAUUGGGACUGUGGGUAAAUCAGGUGCAGCCCUGACCCUAUUAGACCUUCAACAUUCAUUCAGCAAGUCAGAGGCUCAUCGCAAGUUCAACAGCUCCAUCACUCAUGCUGCUGUGAACCUUAGAGACAACGUAGUCUGUGGGAAAAAACACAACUUCUAUGGGAUUAACUGCUACUACAUCCAUGGAUGACCUUCCAUCCAGCCAUUUUUCCCACUUAUCCAAUUCAGAAUUGCAAGGAUGGAUAGAGUUGUUCCCAGCUGUCAGAGGAGAAACGGCAUGGUACACCCUGGACAGUUUACCACUCUCACAUUUACACCUACAGCCAAUUAACCUAACCACAUACAUGUUUUUGGACUGUGGGAGGAAGCCUGAGGACAGGGAGAGCAUACAAACGACACACAGGAAGGCCCUGUCCAGCUGAUGGAUUGAAACCCAGGGCCUUUGUGCUGUGAGGCAACAGCACAAAGGCAGCUCCCAU